AUGGCGCUAUCAGCUUCUCCAGUUCAGGAAGAACCACAGCCAGGGAACGAGCAGUUCAGGAACCACCUUGCUGCAGCAGUGAGGAGCAUCAACUGGAGUUACGCCAUCUUUUGGUCAGUUUCAAGCACUGGCCCUGCAGGGGUCCUGACAUGGAAGGAUGGGUUCUACAACGGCGAGGUGAAGACGAGGAAGGUAACCAGCUCGACCUCGGAGAUGACGGCCGACCAGCUCGCCCUGCAGCGAAGCCAGCAGCUCCGGGAGCUCUACGAGUCCCUGCAGCUGUCCGGCGGCGACCGCCACCGCGCGAGGCCGCCACGGCCCGUCGCGGCGCUGUCGCCGGAGGACCUCGGCGACACCGAGUGGUUCUACGUGGUCUGCAUGACCUACGCCUUCCGGCCUGGCCAAGGGUUGCCGGGCAAUAGCUUGGCGAGGAAUGAGCACGUCUGGCUGCGCAACGCCCACCUCGCCGACACCAAAACCUUCCCCCGAGCGCUGCUGGCCAAGAGUGCGUCCAUUCAGACAAUCGUCUGCAUCCCCCUUAUGGAUGGCGUGCUUGAGCUGGGGACCACUGACUCUGUCCUGGAGAACCCUGAUCUGGUCAACCGCGCCACCACGCCUUUCAGUGAGCUGCAGUUCCCGUCGAGCACGGAGGAGCCAAACUCCUGCCCAUCUACCGACGAUGACACGGGAGAAGCCACUGACAUCAUUGUGUUCGAGGACGUCGAUCACAAUGCAUCAUCCAUGGAACCAAUGAUGAUCUCCGAUGCCAACUUGGAGAAAGUCAGCUGCUUGGAGAUCGACGAGCUCUACAACUUGUGCGAGGGACUGGACGUGCAGGCUCUCGAGGAUGAUUGGAUCGGCAUGGACGACGAAGCGCCCCCUUCUCCGGAGCCGGCCCUAGCUACCGACGAUGGUGAUCACGCUUUGAUCAGCACCAAUGGCUCUCGCUUCUCGUCAAGUUUCAAAGCGUGGACGAGACCGGAAUCCAACAGCCGAGCGGCGGCGGCGGCAGCAGGAGCCCCACAGAAGAUGCUCAAGAAAGUGGUGUCCGGCGGAGCUUGGGCGAGCGGCGAUGGCGGUGACGGGAGCAGGGCGAGGGGGCCAGCAACGACCCAGGAGGAAAGUGGCGUCGUCAAGAGCCACGUCAUGUCGGAGAGGCGGCGCCGGGAGAAGCUCAACGAGAUGUUCAUCGUUCUCAAGUCAUUGAUCCCAUCCACUCGUAAGGUGGACAAAGCAUCCAUCCUUGCCGAAACCAUAGCCCACCUCAAAGAGCUCGAGCGGAGGGUACAAGAGCUGGAAUCCAGCAAGGAGCUCAUCAGCAUCCCACGCCCUGCGGCAGAAAGGCGUCAUGACGAUGAGGUCGUCGUCGUCGGAGCUAGGAAGGCCGCCACCCCUGGUCGUGGCGCCAAGAGGAAGAAGAAGGGCUCGGACUCGGAGCUCGACGCCGCCGGCGAUGGGCAGAUGGCCGAGCAGCACUGGGUCCGCCCCAAUGAUGGCCGGAGCAACGUCAUCAGCAUCGCAGUUGGGGACAAGGAGGUGCUCCUGGACGUGCAGUGCCGGUGGGAGGAGCGGCUGAUGGCGCGAGUGUUCGACGCCGUCAAGAGCCUCCGUCUCGACAUUGUCUCGGUUCAGUCGUCCACGCUGGAUGGCCUUAUGGGACUCAAGGUACGAGCUCAGUUUGCCAGUUCUGCUGCAGUUGCGCCUGGGAUGAUCACUGAAGCUCUUCAGGAAGCUAUAAGCAGCAGGACUUGA